UCUUUACAAUUCAAGGAUGUCCUCAAGAAUCACAUAUGGGAAGAAGGGUAGAAGGCUAGGUACUGGAGCUGCUAGACUGCAACCAGCUGUGGAAUUCUCUCCAAAAAAGGAAAACAAUAUAACUGAUAGACCUUUAACCACAUCGUCAAGCACACAAGAGAGCGACAAUGCUCCUCUCACAUCUCCAUUCAAUUCACCAACCAAGAGAGCACCUAGAAAAGAGAUUGUACCAGAUGUUGAGGAUCAAGGGUUCGAUUUUGGUGUUUUUGAUUUGGAAGAAGAUGAUGUCAAACCUGCCAUGCCAAAGAAGGUUAAUAGAACUAGAACCAAGCUAAAAAAAGUUGAAUCUAAAAAUGAAUCAACAGAUACAAUACCCACAUCUCCCAGUGCCUCUCUGGGAAGCUUCUUUGUUGAAUCAAGUGCCAAACCUACUUGGUCACCUUCAAAGUCCACAUCUGCCUCUCCAAAAAAAGAGAAUAUAACUUUACAAAAAUCACCAACCUUAUCAUUCACCAAAAAGAUCAAUAACUCAAAAGUUGAACCAAAGAAAGUGGUCAGAAAGAGCCUCAAAAGACCAUUGAAACUACAAGAUACUGAAGCUGCUGGUGAUGUGUGGGAUCUACUUUCUGAUAUUCCUCAAGAACGACCAAAGAAGAAAACCAUGGUUUUUAAGGAAAAAGAUGUUGAAAUGACAGAUUUAUCAACAACCAAUUCCAACACUGAAUCUCAGGAGAAUGAACUGAUAUCUUUUUUCAAUACUCAACAAACCGAUACUCAACCUGACGAUGAACCAAGUACACCUGCACCAGAAGACACACAACUCCUAAGGGAAUCAACAGCAUCACCAAGAAUCUCGAAAACCCUCAAAACGUAUGGUUUACAAAGAAGUUUCCUACUUGAGAAGCAAAACCAAGAUGGGCAGGACCAACUUGGAACUCAGGAAGAACAUGAUACAACGCUCACAAGUGAACAAGAUCAAGAUAACACUGAAGGUUUGAAGACCAUUUCAAAUUUGAGGGCACAAGGUGAAAAUGCACAGUUUUUGGAUGAGCUAAAUUUCAUAGUGGAAGGAAUAGAGACUCCAUCUUCUAUAACUUCAUCUCUUUUGGAGCUUGCUAUAAGGCUUUUUGAUAAUGAAUUUCUCAACCUAUUGAAACAUCAUGGUUUACCAUCUUUUCAUAAAGAUAUUGAUGCUGAUAAAUUAUUACAAGUUUUUGUGUUUGGGUUUAUUGCCUGUAAGGUAUUAGAAGGUGGAAAUGGGAAAAUUAUGUUUGAUGAUCAGUUGGUCCACAUUGUGAAAACUCUACUCAGUUGUAACAAUGAAGUUGAGGCUAUAAAAGAAUCAAGAGCCACAAAAGCUAUUUUCAAGGAAUUCAAGGAUAAAUUAGGUGAUAUUUAUACACCAGCAUUUUUGGGUCUUACAUUUCUUAUACAAAAUAAUUUAUUCAUCAAUGCUGAAAUAUUCGAGACUUUAAUUGAACUGUUCAUGAACUUGAAUUCCAAGAAUGAUCAAGAUAUAAAGAUGAUCAACAUGAUACUGCUAUUAUUUGAAUCAUUUUUGGGAUCAACGCAAGCUGUUGACGAUAAAUUUGAGAAGAUUGUUCCUGUUCUUCUUGAGUUGAAUAUUAAAGAUCAAAAUUGUCGCAUUGCUCUCCUCAAGGUAUUGAUUGUGCUCUCUGUGAAAAAGUUUGAACCUGUUUUCAGUGAAGUUUUGGUUGAUAGAUCUAUUGAAAGCUCAAUUCAAAAUUCAAAUACCUCUGUGGGGCUUUUAGAACUUGGGUUGUUGAUAAAUUUAGUUGAAAAAGAUGCUUGUUGUAAACGAGCGUUGAAUAAGGCAAAUUUGAAAAGAUUAUACAGACUACAGAGCAAGUUGCAGGGUGAAUCUAAGGAUUAUUAUUCCUUAUUGAUUGGAAUUAUGCUAACCAAGUUUCCUCAUCAUCUCAUUUACAAAACUUCAAUUCGAAAGGAAACACAUUGA